AGUUUUACCAACGUCAUCCUAAGCACUAUUAAUUUAUCUAUGUUCAAUACUAAAUAGAAUUACCUAAAUUAUGUGACCAUCAGAGGUAUUUGUUUUCAUAAAGUUUUUUGUAUUAUUAAUUAAAGAAAUAAUAAAAUUUCGAACGUAUAGUAGGAUUGAGAUACGUAAAUUUUUUUCUGCACAUGUUUGGUGCCAACUGUAUCAAACUCGUCCUCCAUAUUUGAUCCUUUGUUUGGUUCAAGUUGUGACGUGAGGUUUCUUAAAUUUAUUUGACGCUAUUAAAAGUAAUUUAAUUAUUAUAAUAAUAUAAAUAACGGCCGUACACAUGAAGAUGAAAUUAGUAGAUCAGGUGGUGCGGAGUUUCCGCGUAGCCAAAGUGUUUCGUGAAAAUACAGACAAAAUAAAUAGCAUCGAUUUUUCACCGACGGGAGAGACGUUGAUAUCUUGCAGCGAAGACGAUCAAAUCGUUAUUUACGAUUGCGAAAAGGGGACGCAAGUUAGAACGGUUAACAGUAAAAAAUACGGAGUAGAUUUGAUACACUUUACACAUGCAAAAAACACUGCCAUCCACAGUUCAACUAAAAUAGAUGACACCAUUAGAUAUCUAUCUCUUCACGACAAUAAAUAUAUUAGAUAUUUUCCGGGACAUACUAAAAAAGUUGUUUCUUUGAAUUUAUCCCCCGUGGAGGAUACAUUUUUGUCUGGUUCUUUAGAUAAAACUCUAAGAUUAUGGGAUUUAAGAUCGCCGAAUUGCCAGGGACUUAUGCAUUUAUCAGGACGACCCGUAGCAGCUUAUGAUCCUGAAGGAUUGAUUUUUGCAGCCGGUGUAAAUUCAGAAAGUAUUAAACUGUACGAUUUAAGGUCUUUCGAUAAGGGACCUUUUGUAACAUUUAAAUUGACACAAGAAAAAGAAUGUGAUUGGACUGGUUUGAAAUUUUCAAGAGACGGUAAAACUAUUUUAAUCAGUACAAACGGAUCCAUAAUAAGACUUAUUGAUGCUUUUCAUGGUACACCUUUACAAACAUUCACAGGUCACCUUAAUAAUAAAGGUAUUCCUAUUGAGGCGUCCUUUAGUCCUGAUUCUCAGUUUAUCUUUAGUGGAUCUACUGAUGGGCGAGUUCAUGUUUGGAAUGCAGAUACUGGCUAUAAGGUUUGUGUUUUGAAUGCUGAUCAUCCCGGUCCAGUUCAGUGCGUUCAGUUUAAUCCUAAAUACAUGAUGCUCGCUUCAGCUUGUACAAACAUGGCUUUUUGGCUACCUGCUAUUGAAGAUACGUAAACAAGGAACUCGAAGUGGAUCUGCAGUGGAUCGACUGGUAUACACUAGGGACUAAAUAAUAGUCAAAACAGUGGACUAUGAGCUCUAUAGAAGGUCUGUCCUAUCGGCCGUGGAUCCACUGGUACACAUUUAAGAUCAAAGAAUAGUUAAAAACAGUGGACUUCACCCAAAGAAACGUGCUUUAAAGAUUGCGUAAUCUGUUAGACUUUUUUAUUAGUCCAAAAUAGAACCCUGUUGUUUCAAGGCGACUAAUUGAAUUUUACUUUUUUAAAUAAUAAAUUUUAUUGUUUUUUUUUUUCAAAUAAGACUUAAAUUUGGUUUUUAUUCAUUUUUUUGUAGAUAUUUCAAAGGAUUAGAUUAUUGUUUUUGUCCUUUGUUCUUAUGCAGAAGGUAUUUAGAAUUUUUUUUUCAACAUUUUCAGUAAUUUGUAAUUGAAUAAAUAAACUAUUCAAUAAUUUUUUUAUUUUGGUAGAAUCGGCGUUGAAAUUGAAUUUUUUUAUGGGUAAUUUCAUCAAUAAGAUUAUUCUUUUUUGGUCUUUGUCCAAUUCUGUAAAUAUUCAUUAUUUCUUUUUUCUUCAUAUUUUUUGUGUAAAUAAUUUUAAUGAUUGAAAAGCUGUAGUAUAUAAUAGAUUAUUAGAUUAUUUUUCUAUGUAUUAAUAUAUUUCGGUAUUUUUUAUUUCAAGUGAUAGUGCAAUGUUGAUAGCCAAAGUGCUAUGAACAAAACAUUUUUUCAAUUCAAUUUAAUCAAAUAGAAAAAACAUGUUAUAAUCAGUUUCAUAACGUUUUAGAAAAUUUAUUAAAAUCCAGAUUUUUAAUUUAAAACUUUUUUUGGAAUUAAUUUUGUUUUCAAAUUUAUGUCUCAUUGUGUCUCCACUUUUAUUGAUUAUUAAGUAAUUUAAACUUUUUUUCUGUUUGUUAAUAUCUACUUUUUGCAUUAAAUUUUUAUAUAGUAUUAAAUGAUUAAUUGUGAUAAUUUGUGUAAGCGAUUAAUAAUUUCGAUAAAUUACAGACUGAAUAUUUGUAUAGAAUUGUGCUUGUGUGUAGGUUUUUUUAUUACUAGUACAUAACCCCCUAUAUUAUAAAUGUUGGUUUCAUUCUACCCUUUUCAUCCUAAUAUUUAAGCAAUUUUUGUAGGUAACUUUAUUAUGAAUUUAUUUGAAUAAAAAAAAAGAAAAACUCAAAAUAUAUUUUAUGAUUAAAUACACGAUUCAGAUCUGUUGUAAGCUCGAUUUUUUGAAUCCAACGGUGCAAAUUGAAACAACAUUAAUUCGAAAGUUACGAUCGUUCCAGCCAUCUGAAAAAUAAAUUCAAAUUCAUAGUUUACAAGAUUUAAAAAAAUUAUUGAAUUAUAUGUGUCAAUUUUAUUAUAUUUUUCUAAAUUAUUGAUAUAAAUUCUUUUCCGUAUACCUGUAAUAAAAAAUUUCGUGUUACUAUAAAAAAUCCAGAUCCUGUGAUUCCUACCGGAUUCGUGUACAUUUGUUCAAUUAAUCGACUGAUCUAAAAAUAGAAGAAUAGUAACAUCAAUUUUUUUUAUGACAAAUUUAUAUGUUGAAUAAAAAUUAAUUAACUUACUUCGGUACAGUAAUAUUCCGUAGGUACAUUAUACAGAUACUCCAUCGGUUUUUUAGCUUCAUCGUGCAACCAAGCUCCGUACAUUGAGACUGCUAUUAUUCUCGAUACUAAGAAAGAAAACGAAAAAACAAAAUACGUAGAUUCUGCUAUACCUUUUCUUUCCCUGAAGCAACAAAUAUCAAAAUAAAAGAAAAUAAUAUUUUUUUUUAAACUAUCGCUUCUACCUUAAGCUAUUGUAUAGUUGUAUACACAAGAAGAAUAUAUUAUGCAUAUAUGAAAUUAAUACUAAAAACGAAAUGUGCUUGUCCAUUUUCUUGCAAAGGAUAUACAAUUUAUGAUAAUCCUGUCGGAUUUCCCUCCAAAAUUUUUGGUGCAUAACCUGAAUAAAAUACGUGUUAUUAGAAUUGAAUAUAUUUCAAACGAAUAUCCACGAAAAAUUAGUCAGUGUCGGCGAGAAAUAUCUUUUUGUAUGAGGUAAAGGGCGUCAAAGUAAAAAGUUUUUCAGUGAAUGUAAAGCGUAUUGGAAAUUUGGUUUUUUCUAGUUCAUUAUUAAAUAAUUCCUACUCUUUAGAACUGAGGGUAUAGAAAAUAUAAAGUGAAUAGGUUUUUUUUUCUGGUAUGAAACUUUGAUAGCUUAGGAGUGAGAACGUGCUUACCUUGUUUUUCUUCAAUCUUACAACUAGCUGCCUAAAUUUUGCUGUUAGAGCCACACUUAUUAAACUGAUAAAAACGUCUGUGAAUAUCCAAGUGAAAGUUGACAAAAUAUUAAUUACCUAGAAAAUUUAUAACACAAUUAUAUAAAUUCUAUUGAAACAUAUUUUAAUGUAAUGCAAUAUUUGUUGCAUACCCUGUAGGUUGGGAUAUUUCAUCGAACUUAAUAAAUAAAUUUAUCUAUCGAGUUCAAUGGAUUUCUCAUAUACGACACUUGGAACGCAGUAGAAUGAAUUCGAUGACAGGUGAUAGAUAUAUUGACAGCGUGAUGUUGAAAACUAUUGUUUGUAUGUCUUUCUAAUUAAAAUACGCAACUAUUAUUUAUUUUGAUCGUUCGGAAUAUACAAAACCAUAUUAUUUUUUUAUUAGCUUCGAGAUAGUAUUUUUAACUCUUCGUUUACUGAUUUCAUAGUUGUGAUAAAAUAUUGGUGCAGUGUUAAUAAUUUAACUUACUUUAACCAAAACUCCAAGCCAAACAUUAAAAGUUAUAAAAGAAAAGUAAUUAUUGAAUAAAACUUCCAUUGUUGCUCUUAAAGGACUUAUUACAUAAGAUGCGCACGCGUCUGCUGCGUAUAUACCGUUUAUAACGAACAACGCGUGUUCAACUACAAUAAAAACGACAGUUAUGCGAAGAAAAUAUGUCGAAUUGAUUUAUUAUUUAUUUAUAUAAAUAAUGUACUUACUUAUUCCUAGAGUAAAAGAUGUGGCUGUCAUCCACAGGUAUCGUUUUUUUAAAUUAACGUCGUUUACAUACCCUCGCAUACUCAUUUCAAUAUAAGACCAUUCUUUCAAUAUCUCGUUCCAAUGUUUAGCUAAUUUGAUUAAAUGCAACGAACAGAGAAAUGUCGAUAUGUAGAAUGCCAUGUGCGCUAAAAAAGUAGCACCUAUACAUAGAUACAACUUUAUUUCAGAAAUGUAUUCCAACGCUCACGUUUACAUGAAGACAAAACUGCUACUUUUUCUAAAAAUUGUUUACUGUAUUCCAGUUUUUAAUGUGAAUUUAUUAUGAAAUACUAUAGGUUUUUUACAAAGAAAUAAUCGCUUUGGCUUUGUUAUUUCAACGAAAACUUGUUUUGGAAAGAUUCGUGUUGCCGUAUCUAGUUUUCCUUCAAACAUAGGAAAAUAAAUGUGUAAAUUGUAGUUUUAUUUAUUGUUUUGAAUAUUUAUUUAGAUACGAUUAUGAAAGUGUAUAGGUGAGUACUUACCAGUUUUAUCGACAACUAAUCCGUCCACGCAGAAUUUCACCAACCAGAAUCCGAAACUGAUGAAAGCUCCGCAGGCGUUUAAUAUAGAAUAAACGACUUUAAAGCUACGCCAUUUGAAAUAAACUAGAUUCCAGGUUUUAUUUAUAUUUUGUAACGGCAUCACACCGAAAUAUUGCGCUAAUUUUAUAAUGAAUUUGAUUGAAUCGUGGAAUUCGUUUUUCUUAACGAUAAAAACGUCUUCUUGCGUUUCUGACAUAUUUACUGGUAUAAUAGAAAAGUGCCGGUUUAACUCGUUCAUAUUUACAUAUUCGCAGAUUAAGUUGAGAAAUGCCUAAUAGAAAAAAAAAAUAUGUCGAAUAAGAAAUGAUUAUUAGUUCAUAGACUUUGGUGAACGCAUAUGGAUUUACUAAACUUUAUCGAAAUUAUCUUUGGUGGUAAACAUAUUCGUAAAUUGAAUGUUUGCUUAUGCGGUGUUUUCGUACUUAGAAACGUCACAAGGAUUGAUGAAUAUCCAGAGGCGGAUUAAUCGUUUUUUUCUUAAUUUAUUUGCAGUGUAGGAUUUCAUUGUAACUAUUAAAUCAGAUUGCCAGAAAAUCAUAUUUGAAUUGAUAUCAUAUUCGUUUUACUCAAAUUAAUAAUUGAAGAUGUUAGUAUUCUAAAAGUUCAUGAACCAUUUCUGAUUUCAAUUUUCCGUUAAUUGAUUCAUCGUUUGUGGAAACUAAAUCAUAGACUCACAUAAUACUAAUAAAAUAAAAA